CACUCACUCACUCACACGGCGCUCCUCUCUCUCUCGCUCGCCAUCGCCACUGGUCUCUCCCUCUCAUCUCUUUCAUCGGCCACCAACGCCCCUCCCUCCUCACCGGCGAUCCUCCGUCACCACCGAGCCUCUCACUCACACACGGCGCUCCUCUCUCUCUCUCGCUCGCCACUGGUCUCUCGCUCUCUCUUUCAUCUGUCACCGCCGCGCCUCCCACCUCACCACCGGCGAUCCUCCGAUCCUCCCUCACCGACGGUCCGACGCUCCUCCGUCGCUGGUUGAACAUCGGCUGCAAUUGUUGUGAUCAUUGAGCUGCCAAUGGUUGUUAGAAGCCACUAGGUCUCCUGUUAGAUUAACAUUGUUGCUCACUGCAGAGGCUGAUAAUUCGCUGUUGUGGGUAUGGCUAGAAUCAGAGAUAGAACUGAAGAUUUUAAAGAUGCUGUGCACCGAACAGCUUUAUCUCUGGGUUAUAAUGAGUCCAAACUGGCAGCCAUAUUGGCGUCUUUCAUUAUGCACAAACCUCGGCAAAGGUCAUCUUUUACCAAAGCUGCACUGAAGACGCUUGAAAGCACAGAAACUUUGGACCAGUUCUUGAUGAAGCAUAAGAAGGAUUACAUAGACCUGCACCGCACCACUGAACAGGAGAGAGAUAGCAUUGAGCAUGAAGUUACAAUUUUUGUUAAAGCGUGCAAAGAACAAAUAGAUAUUCUAAAAACUAGUAUAAAUGAUGAAGAAUCAAAUUCGAAGGGAUGGCUUGGCAUUAAGGGUGACCAUUCUAAUGUUGAUACCAUUGCACACAAACAUGGAGUGGUGUUGAUUUUAAGUGAAAGGCUUCAUACAGUCACAUCACAGUUUGAUCAGCUCAGAGCCAUACGCUUCCAAGAAGCUAUUAACCGUGCAACACCUAGAAGAAAACUGAAGCGGGUUGCUGCAUCUGAUUCCACAGACAACUCAAAAUCUAACACAUUAAAGCUCAAGGAACCUGACAACUCAGAGCUCAGGGAGCCUGAUGAGGUUCAAUAUGACACUGUUAAAGUCCAACAGCAACUUUUGGAUGAUGAAACACGUGCUCUUCAGGUAGAGUUGACUAAUCUUCUAGAUGCUGUUCAAGAAACAGAAACAAAGAUGGUUGAGAUGUCUGCAUUGAAUCACCUCAUGUCGACACAUGUCCUGCAACAAGCUCAACAGAUAGAAUUUUUGUAUGAGCAGAGUUGUCCUUCAUCUGCGAUCUUUGAUUCAAACAGCGGAGAGGUCUCUAAUCCUGCAUAUGCACAAGGGCUGUGUAUUGAUGCACAUCUUGUUAGCUGUAUUACGGCUACUUUAUCUCCAGCCAUCUUCACUUCUGUUUUUCAUUAUAAAACAAGUUGUGAGGCAUGGACUGCUCUUCAAUCUCGUUUUACUUCUCUCUCUUGUUCUCAUAUUCAUCAACUCAAGAACAAGAUGAGUCGCCUCACUAAGAAAGGAUUAAGCAUGGAUGCCUACCUCACUGAGUUUAAAACCAUAGCUGAUCAACUUGCUCUAGCUUGUGCACCUGUUGAUGAUGAAGAUAUAGUUUUAUUCAUCUUAAAUGGCCUUCCAGACGAAUAUAAUGCUUUUAAAACCACCAUUUGUGCUCGAUCUGAUUCUAUUUCUCCUGAAAAUCUGUGUUCCUUACUUCGCUCUGAGGAAAUUCAUAUUGAGAGUGCCCAUAAACAUUCUCAUGCUUCUGAAAUUCCUUAUGCCUAUGCUGCAACUACAAAAUCCUUUUCUCAUAGAGGUGGAUCUAAUGGAAGUAGCGGUUUUCGAGGAAAUUCCUCACUCAAAGGAGGAAGAUAUUUCAGAGGUUCUCGCAGAGGAGGCAGACAAAAUUUUCACACUACUUCACCUCUAUCCACUUCAUUUCAUUCUCAAACUGGUUCUGGUUCUGGUUCUGGGCUUGUGUGUCAAAUCUGUGGUAAACAGAAUCAUACUGCCUUGGAUUGUUGGUAUAGAAUGGAUCCAGGUUUUCAAGCCUCUGCACGAUCAACCACACCUAAAGCAUAUGUAGCUUCUACUUCUCAGUCUCAGAAUUGUCCAAAUCAGAAUUCUCCAAUUCCUCCUACUUGGUAUGUGGAUUCCGCAGCAACCUUUCAUGUCACAAAUGACUUAAAUCAACUCUCUGAUUAUCAGCCUUAUCAAGGUACUGAUCAAGUUACUAUUGGCGAUGGUUCUACUCUUCCUAUUCAUCACAUUGGUAAUGGCUUACUCCCUACUCCAUCUUGUCCUCUUCAACUUCAUCAAAUUCUUCAUGUCCCUCACAUAUCUUCUAACUUGCUCUCUGUUCAUAGGUUCGCAUCAGAUAACAAUUGUUCUAUUACAUUUGAUGCUAAUGGCUUUCUUGUUCAGGACAAAGCUACCAAGAAAAUUCUAUAUAAAGGCCUUCAUUCUCAAGAUCUCUAUCAUGCUCCAUCCAUUCCUAUGCUCUCCACAUCCUCACCUGCUCCUCACUCUUGCUUUAGGAGUACCAAUUCCACAAGUGUUGCAUCUGUGCACCUGUUUCAAGUACCACAUGUGCACCUGUUUCAAGUACCAGACCAAAUUGGCAUCUCCGGCUUGGUCAUCCUUCAUCUAAGAAACUUCAGCAUAUUGUUAAUACUUUUCAUUUGUCUUCACACACUUCACCUGGUGUAGUUACUGAUUGUUGUGUUUCCAAAACACAUAUACUUCCUUUUAGUUUGUCCAGUUCCACUGCUAAUAAACCUCUUGCCCUUAUUCAUUCAGAUGUUUGGGGCCCCUUUUCUGCUUAGGUAUCAGGUUACAAGUGUUAUGUUGUUUUCAUUGAUGAUUUUAGCAAGUUUACUUGGUUGUUUCCCUUUCAUUACAAGAGUGAAGUAUUUUCUCCAUUUCUUGAAUUCGAGGCCUUAGUUGAAACUCAUUUUUCUGCAACUCUUAAGAUCUUUCGGAGUGAUAAUGGCAGUGAAUACUUUAUCAAAUGAAUUUCAAAAUUUUCUUAAAGAACAAGGCAUUUUGCAUCAUCUUACAUGUCCUCACACUCCAUCUCAAAAUGGGGUAGCUGAAUGUAAGCACAAGCAUCUCAUUGAGACAACUAUUGCCUUAAUGCAUCAUGCAUCUUUGCCUUUACAUCUCUGGUUUGAGGCCCUAGCUACAGCAGUGGUGCUUAUUAACACCAACUGCUAGACUUCAAUUUCGCACUCCUUCUGAGGUUUUGUUCCAUACUCCUCCAGAUUAUUCUUUCUUACGAACAUUUGGUUGCCUAUGUUAUCCUUGGUUACGACCUUACACUAAGCACAAGCUUCAACCUCAAUCCAUUCCCUGUGUUUUUAUUGGUUAUCACCCAUCAGUGAAGGGUUACAGGUGUCUUGAUCCUGUUUCUGGUAAAAUCUAUCUCUCUUGCCAUGUUGUCUUUGAUGAACAUUGUUUUCCUUUUUCUUCUACUCCUAUUUCUUCUUCAGCCCCCUCUGUUGCUCAGUUACAUUCCUUUUUCUGGUCUUCUCUUAGUUCAUCUGUGUCUCACUCUCCAUCUUCCUCUGUCUCUUCUAUGCCUGCUAGUGCAGCUCCAACUGAGUCCAUUUCUGCUCCACUAGUUUCUCCUUCUGCUCCUCCAGGUCCUACUUCUUCUGUGCUUCCUCUUCGUUCUUCUUCUCUUUCUCACUCCAUUCCUAUUUCUUCUCUUCAUAGUAAUUUACCUCUUCCUCCACCUACAAAUGCUCCAGUUAACUCUCAUUCCAUGUUCACUUGACCACUGCUAAUGCUAAUGCUCAGACCAAUCUUCACCCGCAGCCAAACCAACAGAUCAUGGCUUCACCUGCUAAAGCAUACAGUUGUAACAGUCAAGUCAGUUAGGCAAUUAGGCUGACUAUAGUAGUUAUAAAGUUGUUAGAACUCUAGUUCAAAUGUAACUGAAGUUAGUUCAAGAGUACUUCUCUUAUAAAUACUGUGUGAGAUCUAUUGGAUGUUAUAUUGAUUGAAUACAAAAGAUAUUUCUUUAUAUUUUUGUUAAAAAAACAAAAAAGCAUGUUCAAUAAAUACUCAAGUAAGAAUACAUAUUUGAUGAGUUGGUGGAUGGGGUGCCUGGAGGGUGGGGGGCUGCCGGAUUGGGUGAUUGGAGGAUAGUAGUGGUGGCCAAACGGCGGGUGGGGGAUGGAGGAGAGAAUGAAAGUUUGUUUUCAAAACAAGUGACUUUUUUUUUUUUUUAAUUUCCUAAAUUCUGUAAAAUUUGAGGACUUGUUUUUUUUCAAAAAUGAAAACAAGAAAUAUGUUUUAGUUUUUAGUUUUAAUUUUUUUUUUUUUUUUUGGGAAAAUAAAAGGCAAAAACAAGUAAACGUGAAGUUAUUAAAUAUGCUCAAAUUGGAUACAAUGGAACUGUCUUUACAGCAGUUGUUUGUCAGUCUAUUAGAGUUAAAUCUUGAUGCUU